CGAAUAGCUAUCGGCUAUUGAAAAAGAGAGACUGUUGUCAGGUUUACAAAUAGCAAGCAAAUGUGAAUAUUCAUUCAUGUGAAUGAAGAGCCGGCAAAAAUGAAAAUGAAGUGACAUACUGAAGAAAAUUUUAGGUUAAGUGUGGUUUAAGUUAGUUUUCAAGAAAACAAUUAAAGUGAAAAAAUAUAAUGUCGUUAUUAUCCUAUGCUUCCUUAGUUUUGAGAAGAAAUGUGAUUCCUAAAUUCCCAUUGAAUAGUAUUGGAUUUGCUAAUAAAGUAAAAUAUGUCUCAAAUUCAGUGACAACAAAAACUGUUCACGAUAUCAAUACGAAUGUUAUUAAAGAUGUAAUUCUUUUUCAUUAUGAAAACCCAAAGUUUUAUAUGUAUAUGAACAUUUUUGCUGUAGUGCAGUAUAUGUUUUGGAUGUAUUUAGGCAUUUUCUCAUUUUCGUCGCUGCGUGACGCUCCCGUGGAUGAGUCAAAAAUUACUGAUGAUACACCUUGGUUUAGAAGGAUAAAUCUUGGUGAAAGUAAAUACCGAAAUGGAUUGGGAAUAGUUUCUGUCUCUGUUGGGUGCGGUUCCCUAGCGAUGAUUUGGAUGUACACAUUGAAAUCAGUUCGCUACUUAAUUCUCCAUAAAGGUGGAAGACAUUUGUCAUUUGUUACAUACACUCCAUUUGGUAAGAACCGUAUUAUGAAAGUGCCCGUAGAAAAUGUUUGUUGUAAAGAAAACCGGGCCAGUGCGACAGUACAGCUGCCUCUCAAAGUGAAGAACACAUGGAUGCACUAUAUGCUUGAUAUGAGGGGAGAGUUUAGAAAUCCAAUGCUCUUUGACAGUACUGCUGGUUUAGCUAGAAAAUGGUAAAGAUCACUGUAAAAUAUUGUUCACAAAUAUGUAUUUUCAGCCUGCCUAGCAUGAGCACUGCAAUAUGAUAAAUAGCUCAUUUUUAUUAAAGCUCAAUUGUAAAAUUUCAAUGGAGUUUGACAGUUAGCGAUAAAAAACAUGAUAUAAUGUAAAUUGUGGUGCUCAUGCUAUGGAAACUGGAUAGAGUAAUUAAAGCAAAGGAGGAUAUUAUUAAAUAAUUGUGUUGUUUGUAAUUUUAUUGUAUAAAUGAACUUGUUAAUAUGGUAGUAAAACAGAGCUGUAUUUAUAUCUUUGCAUUUAUUUAAACAUUAGGUUGCUGCACUGACAGCACUCCUGCCUUCUGCUUUACAAGUCCUGGGUUUGGAUCCUGUUGGACACAUUUGUGUUACAUUUUGUGUAAUGAGCAUAUAAGAAUGGCUUAACCUACUCUCCUUGAUUUGGGACUAAACAAAGUUUUUUGUAGUAUCAUGGUCGAUUUGAGACGAACUUCUUAGUGAUACAUGGAUUUACCAUGUCUUCUUCUUCUUCUUCACGGUGGGUGAUUUCCGCAACUCGACACCAGGUGCCUAUUUUGCGUGUGAGGAUGGCCUUAGUCGUGCCAUCCCAGCUCCCCCAAGAAGCUCAGCAGUCCUCUGAUGUCGCCGCAGGCCUCGAGUAGCGUCUGCAGGCUGGCCAGGUGUGUCAUCCGAUGUCUGGUCACGCCUCUGCACUGCAGCAGGACGUGAGUGCUCGUCUCCUCUUCCUCCAUGCAGGCUCUGCACAGAGGACUGUCCGAGACACCUAUUUUAAACAGAUGUUUAUUAAAGUGUCCGUGUCCCGUGAGAAUACUCACUAUUUGUUUCAGAGCAUGUCUUGGUAACUUGCAAAACUUACUUGCUAGCCUUGGGUCUACCUUAGGUAUGGCCUCCCUGGCGUGCCAGCAGUCUGCAAGCCCAGUAUUCAUUGUGUAGUCGCAGGUACCGUUCCCUAAUCCAACUUCGCAGCAGCCGGUAUGGGAUCGGUACGAUUGGUUCUGGGCCAUAUACCACAGUGUCCGACCCUCUCCUGGCCAGACAAUCUGCUGCAUCAUUGCCCCUUGACCCACUAUGUCCUUUUAUCCAUUGGAGUAUGACCUCGUUUUCUCUGCCUACCUCCAUGAGUUUGCAGUGGCAUUCAAAAACCAAGCCGGACGUCAUUACAUUGUUGUCUAGCGCCUGGAGUACCGAGGCACUGUCAAAGAGUAUCUGGAAGUUUCUACCCCUGAUUGCACGUUUUGUGAUGGCCUCCGCUGCUCUGACAAUGCCUAUACACUCCGCCUGAAAGACCGUAUUGAGGAUGCCCAGGCUGUCUGAUAUAUGAAUGUUGAUAUCCUCUGAGAACACACCUG